AUGCAUUCUACAUUUCCAGAAACUACAUCCAUCUUAUAUACGUUAAUACCAAUAGCGCUUGAAUGCCUCCUUCACCUGAGCCUGAAUUCUUCGAGGAUCCUUCUUAGGGCUCUGGAAUGUAUGCCAGGCGAUACAGUGGAAGACGCACUUGUUGUUGGUCUUGGGGAAGUUGAUCACAUGCUUGUUUUCGCGAAUAAUCUUAGGGAUGACAGCUUCGCUGUCCCCGAGAGCAUGGUCGCGAUGGUAGAUGAAAAUCUUGAAUGCACCAACUCCAUAGAACGGAUUUCCGAAAUCACCUUCUUUUGA